GGUCGAGGGGUAGCACGUCCUGAGGUGUAUAGCCCAGGGAGACGAUAAAAGAGGACCGCUGUACCAUUUUAUGUCUGUGGGAAUUUCACCACCGCUCCAACUUGCUGCAGGCGUACGUAACAGUCCCCUCACUACAGCGUAUGAUACUACUUCAGCUCGAGCACCAGCGCCUCCGACAAGAAUGCUCCCCUCCGACUUUGAAUGGGGCUUUGCAACAGCUGCCUACCAGAUCGAGGGCGCAGCCCUGGAAGACGGCCGGGGCCCAUCCAUCUGGGAUACCUUUAGUCACCUGGAACCAUCGCGAACAAAUGGGGACAACGGCGACAUCGCCUGCGACCACUACCACCGCUUCGAAGAGGACCUCGACCUCCUGGUCAAAUACGGCGCGAGAGCAUACCGGUUCUCAUUGUCGUGGUCGCGGAUCAUCCCCCUUGGCGGACGAGACGACCCGGUCAACGAAGCAGGCAUCGCCUUUUAUAAUCGCCUGAUUGACGGUCUCUUGGCCCGGAAGAUUACCCCCUGGGUAACGCUCUAUCAUUGGGAUCUCCCACAGGCACUGCAAGAUCGCUAUGGCGGUUGGCUCGACGCUGCAGAGUCCCAGCGGGACUUUGAGCGGUAUGCGAGGCUGUGCUAUGAGCGGUUCGGAGACCGGGUCAAGAGGUGGAUUACGCUCAACGAGCCGUGGAAUACCAGUGUAAAUGGAUACAUACGAUGCACCGAGCCCCCCGGCCGAGGCAGCGGCCCCAACGCCUGUACCCCGGGAGAUCCCACAACCGAGCCCUGGAUUGUCGGCAAGUCACUGAUCCUGGCACAUGCAAGAGCCGCCAGGCUAUAUAAUGUCGAGUUCAAGCCCACUCAAGGAGGCAUUAUCGGCGCGUCCCUGAAUGGGGACUACUUUGAGCCAUGGGACCCGACCGAUCCCAAGGACCACGAAGCGGCAGAGCGGCGCAUGGAGUUCUGUUUAGGCUGGUUUGCGAAUCCAAUCCUGCUUGCACAGGACUAUCCCGCGGCCAUGCGUGCGCAGCUUGGCCAUCGCCUGCCCACCUUCACCGAAGCCGAAUUCGGGCUGCUGCGCGAGGCCCAAGUGGACUUUUACGGCAUGAACUACUACACGGCGCAGUUUGCACGGCACCGCGUGGGGGAUUCCCCCGUACCAGAUACCGACUACCUGGGUAAUGUGGAUGAGUACCAAGAGGAUCGCGAGGGUGUUUCCAUCGGCGGGCCAAGUGGCAUCGACUGGCUGCGCGCGGCCCCGGGGUGUUUUCGAAAGCACCUUGUGCGGAUCUACAACAGGUACAAAAAGCCCAUCUACAUUACGGAGAAUGGAUGCCCGUGCCCCGGGGAGAUGACCAAGGAGGACUGUGUUAGGGAUACGUAUCGCCAGCGCUACCUGGCUGAGCACCUGGAUGCGCUUGUUGAGGCGAUGGAGGACGGCGCAGAGGUCGCUGGGUACUUUGCUUGGUCGCUGAUGGAUAACUUUGAGUGGUCCUCGGGCUACAGUGUCAGGUUCGGGUUGACCUUUAUCGACUACGCUACACUUGAGAGGACGCCCAAGGAGUCGGCAUUGCUGAUUCGUGGUAUGAUCGAACAAAGGAUGGAUGGGAAGAGUCUUCAAUAAAUAGAUGCUGUUAUAGCCCUUUUCGAUCUAGUCGGUCUUCGCCCUCAUGCCAAUUCAUGGGGGCUGCUUCCAGAGCCAAGUCUGUUUCGUCCUUGAGCGCGCGUAGAAAGGAAGUAUCACAUAGAUAAUGUUGGCU